AUGAGCUCUUUUGAUCGAAAUUUUCAACCAACAUCAAGUUGUUUUGGCUUCGUUACCAGCCAGCAGUCGUCCAACGAUGCUACAUCAUGGAAGAAACGCGAGGGAACGGGGACAAUCGAUGGAAUGCUAUCUGAAGCCUUGAAAGACCUCACGUUUGAAGAACGACAGCAACAACAAGAAAUCCUCCAUGGUGUCCAAGGUCAAAUGCGAGAAGAAGAAAAUAUGGUUCAGAAUACUCUGCAAGAUCUUGACAAGUACUUGAACAACACGAAACGUGGCACUUAUUAUGAGACAGCUGAAAGCAUGAACCCCGACUAUGUCCGUGCAAGGGCCUUCCGGAUAAUGUUCCUUCGUGGGAAUAGGUAUGAUGCCAAGGCGGCAGCGCAGCAAAUGUUGAAAUUCUUUGAGCAAAAGCACAAAAUCUUUGGCGACGAAAAACUGGUCAAGGAUAUCACUCUCGACGACUUGGAUGAGGACGAUAUAGCAUGUCUAAAAACAGGAGCCUCUCAACUUUUAGGUAGGGACUCUGCGAAUCGGCAAAUACUUCUACAAGUCCCAAGUUUGAGAGCUUUUGCAAAUCAUCAAAACGAAUUGAGAGCCCUUUAUUACAUUUUGAUGACCGCCUCGAGGUCACAAGAAACCCAGAUCCGGGGCUGUGCUGCCAUCCUGUAUACUGUUGGUGAUCAUAAAGAUGCAAAGAAAGGUGUAGGAUACUUGGAUAAUAUGCGCCUAACUAUGAGUCUUCCACUCUACAUGGCUGGCAACCAUGUGUGUGGAGACAGGGAUACUGCCGAAUCUUUUCUAUGGAGCGUGGCUGUCAAAAUGUUGCCAGCAAAGAGACGCGCACGACUUCGAAUGCAUUUUGGUUCUCAUACAGAGUGUCAGUACCUGUUGUCAACUUAUGGUAUUCCAUCCCAGAUGCUUCCCUUCAGGCCUGGUACUUACAUGGUAAACUUGGAAACUCACCAUAAUUGGUGCCAAUCGUAUCUUUUGAUGGAGAAACAGAAAAGUGGUCAUGUUCCAUCACCAUUGGCUGUGACUCAAAUAAAUGCUAAUGAUGUACUUUAUGUGGACAGGAAGAAGAAUAACAACAUGGGAAACCAGCGCCUUCGAGCUCUCAUAAAGGAAUUUUCAUCGCAAUACGAUGCUGGAUCAAACGAAACGAAGAAGCUGAUGGUGGAUGCUUUAUUAGGCGAGAUUCGCAAGGCAGGUGGUCGUUUCUUGAAGCAGCAAGCCAAUUGCACUUCAGAACGGCAACUUGUGUGGGAAGAGCUAAGUCUCGAAGAAGCGAGAGCAAAGGUGACCCAGCUCUUCCGAAACAAUCGUCGACGGCCAGAGGCGUCAAGAGACAGAAUUCAUGGCGGAUUUAUCAUUUCAGACUUCCCAAGACCGAACGAUGUGGUAUUUGGUAAAGGUGCACGGAGUCCAGGAAGCGAGUUACUGCAGCGUCUAAUCAAGAAUCGUUCUCAUGAGUACGAUUCGUUGGACCGAGGAAUGAAGAAAGAUUUAGUGGAUUCCAUUCUACACCAGAUUAAGGAACAAGGAGGCCGAUUUUUACAACCGACCGAAGUGUUUGGGGAGUUUCUGGCAGUCACAGACGAUAUGGCACGGGCACGCAUAUCCAAGUAUUUCAGAAACAAUCGGCGGUCUAUCAAUAAGACUGCGGGGCAAUCAAUUAGCAGCACCACACGGUAA